UGGGGCAGUUGAAUUCCAACUCCCACUUUCACCGACACCUGCCCAUACACUUUACCUUUUCUUGUCCAAGAACUGUUCUGUACUCCAAUACACCACUAAUAGCCCACUACUCUUCUAUCAUUGGUUCAUCCAGUUCUUUCCUUAUUUCCUGUGUAUAAACCUCUCACUGUGUGUGUUGUGUGUGUGAUUUUUGAGUUUUUCUUGGGGGUGAUAUAGUUGGUGGAUUGUAGGGGGGAGUUGGUUGAUGUUGUGUUUGCAAACAUGGAGGCUAUAAAGAAGCAAGCAAGUAAAUUAAGAGAACAAGUGGCUAGGCAGCAACAGGCAAUCCUUAGACAACUGGGGCAGCUGGGUCAUGGAGGGGUUAUGAUUGACGAAGCCGACGUGCAACUCCAUCAGCAACUACAGAAUUUAUACAAAUCUACAAGGGCGGCGAAGCAUUUCCAGAGGGAUAUUGUACGUGGAUUGGAUGGAUUCGUUUCAGCAAGCAAAAAACAAAUGGAGAUAGCUAGGAAGUUGGCCGAAGAUUGUUGCAAGUAUGGAAUUGAAAAUCAAGAUUCUGAUUCUCCCCUUGCAAGGAUUGCCCAGGGUUUUGGUACCUCACAUGCCUCUAUGGAAGAUCACAGAGAAACAAUGCUUGGGAUUCUUAGUUAUCAGAUUUCUGAGCCACUUCGUGCACUGAUAAAUGGUGCUCCUCUAGAAGAUGCUCGUCAUUUGACUCACCAGUAUGAUAGAAUGCGGCAAGAGUUUGAAAUUCAGGCAGCUGAAGUAAUACGACGGCAAUCAAAGUCCAGAGAUAUUUCCGCUGAAAGCGUCUUAAAGCUUAAAAGUGCAGAGAAAAAGUUGACAGAGAUCAAGUCUUCCAUGCUGGCACUUGGAAGAGAAGCUACUGCUGCUAUGUUGUCCGUAGAGGAGCAGCAACAGGAGACAACUUUCCAGAAGCUUCUUGUCAUGGUUGAUGCUGAGAGAUCUUAUCAUCGAAAUGUUGUUGCUAUCUUGGAGAAGCUGCAUUCUGAGAUGAUUCUCGAGGAGCAAAUGGAAGACUCUUCCUUGCUAUCAGAAAUUCCACCAACGGACGAGAAUAUCCCAUCUCCUAAUAAUGGGACUGUUUCAAAUAGUCUUCAUGGUCAGGAUGACGAGGAUAAUGGUGAUAACUACUUCAUUGCAAAGGUCAUACACCCAUUUGAUGCUCAAGCAGAUGGCGAGCUAAGUCUUGAGGUUGAUAAUUAUGUCGUAGUCCGGCAGGUGACUUCAAAUGGAUGGUCCGAAGGAGAAUGCGAAGGCAAAGCCGGAUGGUUUCCCUCAGCUUAUGUAGAAAAGAUAGACAGAAUUCCAACAAGCAAAUUAGCUGGAGACGAUUCUUCACCGUGAAUAUGAUUCUAUAUUUGUGUCCCCAUAGGGUGAGUAUUUGUACAUCAAUGUUAUACAACAGACAGUUACAGUGUUCUUUCCCGUGUUUAGUAUUAUUGUUCUGUGUCUUUGUUUCAUUAUGGAGCUUCACAUGCAAGUUUACUUUCUCGUCAUAUGGAAAAUAGACUUUAUUCUUUUAUGUCAAUGUUACACCUAUAACAAUACUUGAAGGGCAGUGCUAAAAGGGUUUGAACUGAGUUGUGGGCUAGACAUUGUUUGCUUUUAUUUUAAUUUAGGGAUAAUUACAUUUACACCCUUAUCUAUGGUCUAUUUAUACAAACCCCACCAUCGUCUUUUGUGUAAUUACAGAAACCACCCCCUGGCUGGCAAAAAAAACAGGGAUAGUUUGUAUAAUGAUGUUGAUGUUUUUGAGGGGUGUAUGUGUAAUUUUUCAAAAAAUAUGAGUGGCUUGUGUAAGUGAUGCUGACAUUUAUGGUUGGUGUAUGUGUAGUUUUUUUAAAAGACAAUGAUGGUUUGUGUAAAUAGACCAUAGGUGGAUAUAAAUGUAAUUGUCCCUUUAAUUUAUGGACCACCCUUGGAACAAGGUUUAGGGAAUCAACUGUCACAUUAAGGUUUUCUUGUCUAAGUGAUAGUACAAAAAUGAGAUCAAAUAAAUUUUAUUCAUUGAGGUGUAAUAUAGCACCAUCACACUAAAAUAAAAUAUAGUGCAAGUCUCUUUUCUUUUUCUUCUGCCUUGUAGGGCUUAUAUAGUGGUUGGUCAUUCAUUCUUGCAUUGAUCAAGGUCUGGAAUCGUGCUAUGUUGUCUUUUCUGAACCUGGCUUCCUUUCUGGGCUUUGUUCAUUAGAGACGUUCUGCUAGCAACCGUAACAUUAUCUCCUUGAACCUGGACAUAUUUCUAUGGUCCAUACUCUCCUUGAACUUGGUCUGGUUUCUAGGUUUCAUUUAUUGGAGAAAAUCAUGCUACUUACCAUAUCACAUUUAAUCACUUAAUAAUGGAAAGUAUUAACAAUAAUUAAUUAUUUAUCAUUUUUAUGAAGUAGGUAAAUUUUUUCCUCCAUCACUAAGAAAACAUCUGAAAUAGCUUUCACAUGUAGAUAGAAAUUCCAGAAGUAGACUACUUUCAUGAAAAAAUCACGAACUAUAGGACAGGGAAGUUUGCUCUUUGUCCAUGUGGAAUCUGGAUGGCAGCACAACUUGGAUUUAGACAGUCGGAUCAUACAUGAUGAUGUUGGCAUUUCACUUUAUCAUCUUCAUAUUAUGAUCUAAGGAACAGUUCUCAUCCCACAUAGGUAGCAUGAAAUCACCCCGUUUAUGUCUUUCGAGUUUA